GCAGAGCAUCACUUAUCGUACGCUGCGGACAUGGACUUCCUGAGGUCUCUAGGACACCCGGAGGAGAUCUACAACCUGCUCAGGUUCCGGCUGGGCGGCUGUCGGCUCGUGCUGUCUAAGGAGGACCGGGAGUCCAUGAGCGACAGCCUGCAGACCUGCUACAAGUACCUGGACCAGACCGGCAGGAGCUUCGCGACUGUCAUCCAUACCCUGGACAUAGAGCUGAGAAAUGCCGUGUGUAUCUUCUAUCUGGUGCUUCGAGCUCUGGACACCGUGGAGGACGACAUGACCCUCAGUCUGGAGACCAAAAUCCCCAUGUUACAUAACUUCCACACGUACCUGUACCAGGCGGAGUGGAGGUUUCCAGAGAGCAAGUAUAAGGAUCACGUAGUUCUGCGGGACUUCCCCACGAUUUCCCAGGAGUUCAGAAACCUGCCGGUGGGUUACCAGAAGGUGAUUGUAGACAUCUGCCGCGAGAUGGGGAUGGGCAUGGCGGAGUUCUUGGAGAUGAAGGUGGAAUCUCUCCUGGAUUUCGAUAAGUACGGUCAACUUGCGUCUGGAUUAAUGGUGAUCGGUCUGUCCCGGCUGUUUUCUGCCUCAGGACUGGAAGACGCCUGCAUUGGCGAGGAUAUAAGACUCUCAAACUCUGUGGGGCUCUUCUAUCAGAAAGCAAACAUCAUCCGAGAUUACCUGGAAGACCAGCUGGACGGAAGAGAGUUCUGGCCCAGAGAGGUGUGGAGCAAAUACGGCAAAAAUCUGUCCGACUUUGCCAAACCGGAGAACAUAGUGCCGGCUGUGCAGUGCUUGAAUGAACUGGUGACCAAUGCUCUGCAGCACGUGCCCGAUGUCCUGCUCUACCUGUCCCGGCUGAGGAACCAGAGCGUGUUUAACUUUAAUGCCAUCCUACAGGUCAUGACUAUGGCCACACUGGCCGCCUUUUAUAACAACCCGCAGGUGUUUAAGGGAGUGGUGAAGAUCCGUAAAGGACAAACUGCGACGCUGAUGAUGGACACCACCAACAUGCAGGUGGUCAGAGCCGUCAUGUACCAGUAUGCGAAUAAGAUCGAUCAGAAGAUCCCCCUAACAGACCCCUCCGCUGGACUCACAAAGAACAUGGCCUCCACAAUUCAGAAGCUGAGCUUGUUCGGUGGCCCCCUGGUGUCCCGCUACAGCUUCUUCCCCACUUACCUGUCACAUGCAGUCCUUUUCGCCGCCCUCAGCUGGCUGUACCUGAGCACAAUCAAAGCACAAAGUUAGUCAGCGCAGCUGUAAAAUGAAGUGACGGCUUGGGUGCGGGUACUGCUAACGUACAAGCAAACACAUGCCGCGGCGCGCUGCAACACAAAGUAUAUCAGCUAAUGCAUUUAUUCACAAUACAACAUGAAAAUGAGGGGCAGCGGAGCCCACGCUUAGCUCAUUCAUCUCAACAUGGCCAGAUCUGGGUCGCAGGACUGUAUGGUGCCUAACUAAGUCCAACACAAUGGGGGAGAUUUUAUCAAACUAGGGUAAAGGAAAACUGUCUUCGUUGCCCAUAGCAACCAAUCAGGAUCCACCUUUCAUUUUUUCAGAACUCCUUUGGAAAAUGAAAGAUGGAAUCUGAUUAGUUGCUAUGGGCAACAAAGCCAGUUUUCCUUUACACCAGUGUUAAUAAAUGUACCCCAAUAUCUCAAUUUUUCAAAUACCAAUCGGACCUGCAAUAAACUUUUCAGACAACAGGUGGCGCUAUGUGUUAAUUGCUUAUACCUGAACACAGGAUCAUAAGUAGGUUUCAGCG